UCACGCAGCAGGAAGGGGCGGCGGGAAGGAGGAGCCGCGGCUGCGGGACAACUUUUUGUAUUCCCCGCUCCACUUCUUCGCCUUCCCCCGCACAGUCUCCAGCUCUGACCGAACUCAGCCGUCGGUAAACCCGCUGAAAACACCAAAAUGUACCGGUACCUCGGAGAGCUUCUCACCCGGGGAGCUGGUAGCGUCCUGGCCUCGGGUGGCUCCGCCGCCGCCGCCGCCGCCGCUGCUGACUCGGCGCUCCCGGCGACUGCGUCUCUGCUGCGGUACCGCGGCUACAGCCAGGCCGUGGACGGGCACGACGACCCGAACUUCUUCACCAUGGUGGAGGGCUUCUUCGACCGGGGCGCCGCGAUCGUGGAGGACCAGCUGGUGGAGAGCCUGAAGACCCGGGAGAGUCCCGAGAUGAAGAGGAAGCGGGUCCGCGGGAUCCUGGGGAUCAUCAAGCCGUGUAACCACGUCCUGAGCGUCAGCUUCCCCAUCAAGAGAGACAACGGAGAGUGGGAGGUGAUAGAGGGCUACCGGGCUCAGCACAGCCAGCACCGGACACCCUGCAAGGGAGGUAUCCGUUACAGUACGGACGUGUCUGUAGACGAGGUGAAAGCUCUGGCCUCGCUGAUGACCUACAAGUGUGCCGUCGUUGAUGUGCCGUUUGGUGGAGCCAAAGCUGGAGUGAAGAUCAACCCGAGGAAGUACUCUGACAACGAGCUGGAGAAAAUCACCAGGAGGUUCACCAUCGAGCUUGCCAAGAAAGGCUUCAUCGGACCUGGUAUCGACGUUCCUGCUCCUGACAUGAGCACCGGAGAGAGGGAGAUGUCCUGGAUCGCCGACACCUUCGCCACCACCAUGGGACACUAUGACAUCAACGCUCACGCCUGCGUCACCGGGAAGCCCAUCAGUCAGGGAGGAAUCCACGGUCGCAUCUCCGCCACCGGCCGAGGAGUUUUCCACGGCAUCGAGAACUUCAUCAAUGAGGCGGCGUACAUGAGCCAGCUGGGGAUGUGUCCCGGCUUCCAGGACAAGACCUUCGUCAUCCAGGGUUUCGGUAACGUGGGUCUUCACACCAUGCGUUACCUUCAUCGUUUUGGGGCAAAGUGCGUCGGAAUUGGAGAAAUGGACGGAAACAUCUGGAACCCCAACGGCAUCGACCCCAAAGAGCUGGAGGACUACAAACUGGACAACGGGACCAUCGUGGGCUUCCCGAACGCCACGCCGUAUGAAGGAAACAUCCUGGAGGCUGAAUGUGACAUCGUGGUCCCUGCUGCCAGCGAGAAGCAGCUGACCAAGAGCAACGCACACAAGAUCAAGGCCAAGAUCGUCGCUGAGGGAGCCAACGGUCCGACCACGCCCGAAGCCGACCGCAUCUUCCUGGAGAGAAACAUCAUGGUGAUCCCGGACAUGUACCUGAACGCCGGCGGUGUGACGGUCUCGUACUUUGAGUGGUUGAAGAAUCUGAAUCACGUCAGUUACGGUCGACUCACCUUCAAAUAUGAGCGGGACUCAAACUACCACCUGCUCAUGUCGGUUCAGGAGAGUUUAGAGAGGAAGUUUGGGAAACACGGCGGUGCCAUCCCCGUCGUCCCCACGUCUGAGUUCCAAGCCAGGAUCUCUGGAGCGUCUGAGAAGGACAUCGUUCACUCAGGUCUGGCCUUCACCAUGGAGCGCUCUGCCAGGCAAAUCAUGCGAACAGCCAACAAGUACAACCUGGGUUUGGACCUGCGGACGGCGGCGUACGUCAACGCCAUCGAGAAGGUCUUCCAGGUUUACAACGAGGCCGGCCUCAUCUUCACAUAGGCUCUCCUCCAUCGUCUCUCCGUCUGUCUGUCUGUUACCCGUCUGUCUGUUACCCGUCUGUCUUCCAUCACCUCUGCAGCGUUUACAGUGUGGAUGAAUGUGUGUGUGUGUGUGUGUGUGUGUGUGUGUGUGUGUGUGUGUGUGUGUGUGUGUGUGUCAGUGUGUGUUCAUUCCUUUAUCAUCACGUCUGUUUACCUUCUUCUUCAGGAACUUCCUGUUUUGCAGCUUUAACGCCGCCGUGCUGCUUUAAACACAUAUCAUCCCAAAUAUAGCGAGAAGUUCUCGACAUGUAUCAGAGUCUUAACGCCUCAGAGGAACUGUGUCACUGUUUGCCUUCAGCACAGCGUGUGGCCAAAAAUAUGUGGACGCCAUCGUUCGCCAACUUCAGCUGAUGUUUGGACUCGAGCUGAAAUGAUUAAUGAAACUAGUGUUGUAUAACCUGGAGACAUUUUUAACUAUGAAGUAAAUUUAACAUUUCAGCUGCACAAAAUGUUAAUUUUGAUCUUUUCUUUUGUGAAUUACAGGAUUGCUUUCAGGCCUUUUUUAUUUUAGAAAUUAUUCAGACAAAGCAAUAAAAAUCUGUUUACGACACUAAAAGCCAAAAUAAUCUGGAUUAGACAACUGACACAAAAUUAAUCUUCAAUCGUUUUGAUUAUUAACAGAUUUUUUAUGCAGAAAUAAGGAAAAAUAAUCUGAUUUCAGUUCUCCGAUGUGAAUAUUUCCUGUUUUUUGUCGUCUUUUAUGACAUUAAAGUGAAUCUUGUUGAGACAAGACAUCUCUGUGGUCUUUAGGAAACUAUAAUCAGCAGUUUUCAUUGAAGAGAUCCAGUUUAUUGUCAUAAAAGAUGAAGAAAAACAGAAAAUAUUCACAUCUGAGAAGCUGGAACUGGAUCAUUUUGCCUUUAAAAUAAAAAGGAAUUCAUGUCUUAUCAAAACCAUUAAAGAUGAAUUCUCUGUCAGUUGUUAAAUCCAGAGGGUUUUGUUUUGUUAGAAUGAUUUUUAAUAGGCCUGAAACACCUGAAAGUUUCCAGAUAUUGAUUUAAUCAAAACUGAGAAAAUCUGGAAACAUUUUUACUUUUUUAAAAACACUGUAAGCAGAUGAGUGGAGGCUGUUUGAACGCGUCCACAUACUUUUGUCCACGAUGUGUGUUGACAUGUUUGUCUUCUAUAGAUGUCUGUUGUUUUUGUAUAAUGCAGUUUACAUGUGCCUCAGGACUUUAAGCUUUAAUAUUUACUGGACUUAUUUUAUUAAAGGCUCAUUCUGCUGUUUUUAGUGACGUGCCUCAAAGUCAGCCUACAGAGUCUGACCCAGUGUGUUUUUGGUUAUAAAUACUGUCAUCCUUCAGUCUGAACUCAAAACUGUGUUUUAAUGUGACGGUGAUAUUAUCAGUGAGUUCAGAGAAGAGUUUCUUUACACGUGACGACAUCAGCGUCCAGAUGGAGGGCAGGAAACGCUGAACAAACACCUCUGACUUGUGUUCGGCUGUUCAGUCGGACUUAAUCAACUUAAAGUUCGGAAAAUAGUCAGACUUAAAGAAUGAAAAUAAAAAUAAAAGGUAACGGUACACCGCUGUCUUCAACCUUCCUGGAGGUGGAUGCAGUCACAGUGUGCUGUAACUACUUCUCGUUUUUAACCAUGACCCAAACUUGUAACGGGUUUCAGCAGACAGAUCUCUGGGAACAGUUAACGUAGUAGGUAGAAAACAGUAGCUAAAGUUAGGUAAUGUUAGCUAAUAAUGUUAGCCUGGCAGCAUUUCACCAGACCUCUGGGAACGGUUAAUGUAUAAGUUAGAAAACAGUAGCUAAAGUUAGCUAACAUUAGCUAGUAAUGUUAGCCUGACAGCGUUUCACCAGACCUCUGAGAACAGUUAAUGUGUAAGUUAGAAAAUAGUAGCUAAAGUUAGCUAACAUUAGCCAGUAACAUUAGCCUGUUUUUUACCAGACCUAGUAGGUAGAAAAGAGUAGCCAAAGUUAGCUAAUGUUAGCUAGUAAUGUUAGCCUGACAGCUUCUUUCAUCACUUCCUGUCCUCAUUAUCAGAGGUCACAUGGUUACAAACAAGUUAUUAAUAAAUCUAAAACACCACAGAAUUCUUUCAGCGGUAAAAUGUUGGUUAAAACAUGAAAAAGAAAAACAGCAGAAUGAUCCUUUAACUUUUAGCUGUUAGCUUUUAGCUCUUUGCUCAUCUCGUCUGCCAUUAGCUGGCGACAUAAAGUCGACUUUAAACCAAAAAACUUUGUUUUUAAAUUUCAGGUCAUGACACGGUUGCAGCUUGUGCUAUUGCUAAAGCUAAUGCUAAUCUAUGCAGUUAAAGGAAGCAAUAUUAGCCUUGUUAGCCGGUAAACUCUGAAUCGUUCUGUCAGAGUUCUGCAUCAGACGGAAACAAAACACAAACAGUGUGAAGGUGGGAAACAGAAAACUUCGUACAGCGUCGCGUAGAAACUGCACAAGCAAAACCGUGACACAAGAAAUGUUUCCGUCUUUGAUGACGACAGAUUUUGACUCCGCAGCGAGUUUGUGUUUGAUUUUCUCUCCUGAUGCUGAACUGUGUGAGAGUCUGAUCUGACUGUAACUAUGCAACCCCCACUGCUCACUGGUGUCCCAGUUAGUCUCUGUAACUGGUCAUCAGAUGCACAAAUGAAAGCUUCAGCUGUUGUUUUCUGUCACAGCGCCCCCUCGCUGCCACGCUCGAAACUGCAGCUCUCAGCUUGUUCAGCAAAGAGUCACCUGGAACCUUAAAGAGGAAACCUUCAUCUCUCAGGGUCGGGGGAGGGGACAGGGGGACGGGGGGGACGCCAGGGGGCGGGGUCAUGUGCUGCAUGUGGAGAUUAAUGGAUGAAACAAACUCUAUUUUCUGUGUCUCGGCUCUGAUUGAAAGGACUUGGGGAUCCUGUGUGAGGGAGAUUUUACGCCUUUUUGUUAAAAUGUAACAGUGAAAAUAAAAAACUGAAAAGACA